UUUGAGCGCCAGUCACGUGGCUCUCGCCAUCUCUCGCUCGUUCACACUGCAGCGGUUUGGUGCAGCGGUUUGGGGUCUCGACUGUCGUUCAGUCUUACAGCUGCUCUGACUCUAACUUAGAAAAACCCUUCCGGACAGAAAACACUGUCGAACCAUGUGGAGGUUUUCGGUGUGGUCUAUUUUUUUGGUCCUUUUUUCGCUGUUAGCACUGGGAGGUCUGGCACAGGAAUUGGACCUGGCCGAUGCUUUAGAUGAGAAGCUUCCUACUGCAAAGCCCAAGGAAAAUGAACAACCUGGAGGAGCAGGUACAGGACCUCCUGUCAUGCCCAAAGACCCGGUCAUGCCCAAAGAUCCUGUCAUGCCCAAAGAUCCUGUCAAGCCCAAAGACCCUGUUAAGCCCAAAGACCCUGUUAAGCCCCCAACGAAAACUACAAAAGAGGAGACCCUUGCUGAUAUCUUUACAACAACCGCGCGGCCUGCUUUGUUGCCCCGCACAACCUCCAGAUCCCUCCAAACCUCUGCUGGUCCAAUGGAUCUUGACCUUGCUGAUGCGCUGGUCCCCGCUAAAGAUGAUAACGGCUUUGGAAUAGGUGACAACAGGCCUGGUAUCGGCGGUGGAAAUGGUGGAGGUCAGUUUACAGAUGAUGACCUAGCCAAUGUGAAUGAAGAUGGCACCUACCAUCCUGAGAAAGGGAAAGGAGGACGAGGAGGUUCAGGUGGUUCAGGAGGAUCAGGUGGUGUUGUGGACCCUGCUGAUGAUGGUAAUUAUGACACCAUGGCAGAGACUGGCACCAUCGCUGGUAUUGUAAGUGCUGUUGCCAUGGCGCUGGUUGGUGCAGUCAGCAGCUAUAUCUCUUACCAGAAGAAGAAACUGUGCUUCAGCAUACAGCAGAGUCUGAAUGCAGAUAUGGUUAAAGCAGAGAAUCCAGAAGCUGUCGUGGCUCAGGAGCCUCAAGUUCAACAAACUCUGCUCCAGCCCCCCAACGCUGAGCCGCCCACAGAAGACAACGUGGUGUAACCUGUGAUACAUCUCCCAGCCUGAAGAGGGAGCACUGCUCAACGCAUACACACUCUCAGUUGGGGGGCAUCUGCUUUGUGACUAAGUCAAACGUUCUGUGAAUAUUUAUUUAACCGUUUGUCUUCAUUCUCACUAAUACGACUGUUUACAAUAUUAUUCAUAUGAAGUUGGAAAUUGUGCAGAAGUUUAAUGUGUUUCUAAUGGAAAGUACAAACUCUGAGACAAACUAUUCAUGCAUUAGUGCUGCUCCAGCUUUUUAGUUUCCAUCACACUUUUGUGUGAAAGCAUCACUGUGUUCAUCAUGAAUCCAGAGUCUGUGAUUGGAUUAUCCACAUCAUGUUCAAAUAAAUAUUUCUAGAGGAAACACUUUAGAGCAGGGAAGCCUUACUGUGGUCCUGUAAAAUUACAGUCCAGUGAAGUUUGGGAAUUUUCCUGAAUCACACCCGAUUUAAGUCCUCGGGUCAUUAGGUAGGAGUGUUAGAUGAGAAAUCAUCACACUGUGCAUGAUUACAGGAAUUCAGGGCCAGAGCCAGGCUCCCCUGCGUUAUAAAUUAAUUGUUGAUGAUCACCUUGAAGUAAUUCCCAGUGAAGAUUUAUCACCUUUUUACAAGCAUCCUUUUCACAUUUAAAAAAAAAAAAAAAGAAAGAAAAAAAAAUUGCAGUGAUUUGUACAUUUGUGCCCUGCGUUUCUUUCAGAGCCGUGGAACUGAAUUGUUGUGUAUAUAGUUUUUUUUGUGCUCUGAAAUUGAACAGGACUUUUGAGAAGAUAGCUGCUCACGGUUUAAUUUGCUUUUAAAAACGGACUGACAAUUGGAUGUGAGCGUACGUGUAUCAAAAGGUGGUUGUGUUGAAGAAACCUUGUUGAUCAAUCUUUGCUAACUUGCUCUGUGUGUGUGUGUGUUUACUGGUACAACAGUGGUAGCAGAUUUUCAGAGGCGAGCUUACAGUAACGAAGACGCUCAAGUGUACUUGUUUGGAAGAUGUAGAAACUCAAGUCUUACAUAUUAGCACAAACAUGUCUUUUCCCUUUAUUAGGGAAUUUGUGCUUUUGGACAUUUUUGAAAGAUAUCGUGCUUGUGAAAUGUGCUUUGCGUGUUAUUCAUGUUCAACUGGUUAUAUCGGUGUAUCUUUAUAUACACUUGUAGCAGUGUAGCUACAGUACAAUAGAUUUUGUUAGCCGUCAUAUCAAUGGUCAUAUGAAGUGUUUGGGCUUAGAUUUGUGUCUUUUUGAAUAAUUUACACUCUAUGGCACAUUUUUACAGUUUUGCUGUAUCGGCUGUGUUUCAAUUGAUCUGUGUUUGAUUAUUUCCUCCCUUCGCUCAAACACUGUGUUUUGAAGGCCUUAGCUGAACGGUUGUUUUCCUCAGCUUUGGAUUUAGCUGUAGGGCCCAGAGGUUUUUGGAGUUUGAAGAGGAGGCAGUAAAAGAUUUGGAACACGGCCCUAUUUUCCUUUCCGAGGUUCCCCGGCUUUUUUCCGUCACCCGUCACCUCCUAACCGAGCUCAAUUCUGCUGCACCUUUUUAGCCACAAGCUGCUGGUGCUUGACUUCUUAGGCCUUAUCCUGUUAAGCGGCCGCACUAUCGCAAAAAGGAGAGUUCAGUAUGCUGACUGUAUGAGCUUCAGUUGAAUGUGUAUGUGGUCGAACUCUUGGUAGGACAGUCCAGUAUAUUACAGACGAACACAGACAAAACAUCCACAACGCUUCUACUAAAUAUUGUUGAAUGUGCGCUCGUAUGCAACUCGCCAACAAUGUCACGUCCUAUCAAGAGUUUCAGUCGAUGUUUAUGAUCUAAGCGAAUGUAAUUUUUUUUACUUUGGUACAAUUUUCUUGACCACUUUAACGUAGCAUCUCUGGUGUUACUUUUGUCAAAAAUGUAUAACACCAAAGACAAGGCAAUGACGAGGUGAUCUCGUUCCUUCGUGUGUUUUUGCCUCAGAUUCUGGCGACUGUUCAGACUUGGUUUGUAGCGAAAUUUCAAAUUCACAAAUGCCUUGAACAAUAUACAUUUUCAACAAUUCGUUUGAAUCGACUGUUACAUUUCCGCUGCACGGUGGAUUUUAAGGAUGCACUGUGAUCAGUGUGGCGACGUCUGGGAGUCGAGUUACUGAAAAGGCCACAAGUUGGAGGUUACAUUUAGUUUCUAAAGGAAAUCUGGGCUCUUGGUGUUUUUUGGAUAGGAACUGCAAAACUUUUUCUAUAAGGGUGAAAACAGAUGCAUGCUUAGAUUCUUUAGCUGUAGACAGUUUUUCUUGCUUACUGCAUUGACGUAUGAAGUUUGGACGGGUUCUGUAGAGAGAAUUUUCUGAAGAGUUUUGGAUUUGCACUGCCAGUGAAGCGACACAUUUACCACCACAGAUCAAAUUGAAAUGUCAUACAGUAGGAGUUUGCAUUGCUUUACCAGUGCCUGUUCACUUCAGCCCAGACUCAUUGCUGAGACAUAAGAUUCCCCAUUGUGUGAAGUCAAGAGGUUAAGAUCUACUGACAAUCUUCACUGCUUCAACUGUCAAUUUUCUACUUGUAUUUGGAAACAAAGAUCUGUUUUAAAUCUUAUCCCUCACUGGCAAUACCUGAUAGAAAGAGAUUAACAUGAAGGGAAAAAAAAACAAUAAAAAAAAGACUGAAAACGAAUUUGUCUUGGAUUGUUUUAUUUACUUUUUUCCAUUGGAAUGUCAGAAGCUUCUUCAACUUGGCCAUAAAUCUUACAAAGUCAGGUAUAUUGUCAAGUAUUGUCCCAAAAUACCUCUAAGAUGGAUAGAUGUGCUCACUGAUCACUUGUACAUGUGCUCAUUCAUAUAAUUAUCCAAUCAGCCAAUCAUAUGGCAACACCACAAUGUAUAACAUCAAGCAGGAACAGAUGAAGAGCUUCAGUCAAUAUUCACAUCAGACACCAGAAUGUAAUCCAGUGAUUUUAUCUGUGGCAUGGUUGUUGAUUCUAAAUGG